AUGAAUUGCAUAGAGGGUGAAACCAGAAUUGUACGACCUAUUCGUCGCCGUCAUAUUCUUCGAAAUAUUGCUCUUCUCUGGUUGGAUCCGAAUAUGAAUAUAGAUAACGACGAAUAUAAGUAUUUACUCACACAAACAUCAGAAAUCAUAGAUACCAUCGAGCUACACAACGAUCCUGACCAAUGCAUCGAUUUUUGUACAGAUUUACAACACACCAAAGUAUUCAUCAUACUACCAUAUCCACUCGCACAGCAGCUCAUCCCUCUCGUUCACGACAUACCUCAGCUCUAUUCCAUUUAUGUUCUUUGCAAUGAUGCAAUACCACCUUCUCAACAACUCAACGACGUUACACCUAAAUUGAAAGGAUAUUUUCGUACAAUUGUUCACAUCUGUCAAUCGAUCAAUCAAAAGACAAAACAAUAUGAUCAUGACUCAGUUCCAAUCAGUGUCAUCUCACCCACCGACUGUUCAAAAUAUGAUCUCAAUGAAUUGGAGCCAUUGUUCAUGUAUUCUCGAUUGCUCAAACAAAUCUUGUUCGAUAUCGAUCGUCAUCUACACACAAAAGAACGAUUUGUUCAGUUUCUACGUGAGCAAUAUCAAGCUGAGCCAGUCCAACUAAGCAUCGUUGACGAAUUCGAACAAAACUAUAAGCCUGACUCAGCAAUUCGGUGGUACACAAGAGGCUGUUUCCUUUUCCAAAUGCUCAAUCAAGCUCUUCGGCUCAUGGAUAGUAACAUCAUCAUCAAAAUGAGCUUCUUUUUGUACGAUCUGCAUCAACAACUCAACGAACUCUAUACAUUUCAGUCUACAGUUUGGAGUCCUGGAGUGUUAUAUCGAGGACAGGGCGUAGUGAAAAGUGAGUUCGAGAAUAUUUGUAAAAGUGUGGGUGGUCUGUUGUCGUUCAAUGCAUUCACGUCAACGAGUGUAGAGAGUGAAACAGCUCUCACAUUCUGUCCGAUACCUCCACAGGAUCCGGAUACAAUUGCUGUGCUGUUCGUAAUGAAGAUCAAUCCAUCGGUGAAGUCGACGGCGUUUGCUUUGGUGAGCAGUAUGAGUUACUAUGAGGAUUCUGAGGGUGAAGUGUUGUUUUCGAUGCACAGUGUGUUUCGAAUUGAAAGUGUCGAACAGGUGGACGAUGUUCUUUGGCGAGUGAAAAUUGUGUUAACGAACGAUGAAGAUCCAGACUUGAAAGUACUUGGAGAACAAAUCGAGGAGGAGACACAAGGAAGCACAGGAUGGAGUCGGUUGGGACAACUGCUUAUCCAAAUGGGACAUUUCAGUGAAGCUAAGGAAGUGUAUUUAACAUUGAUGGACUCACUAUCAAAUGAUAAUCAUGAAGGAUUGGCAUAUUGCUACCAUCAGCUUGGAGUGAUAUCUAGCGGUGAAGCUUAUUAUAAAGCUGCUCUUGACUUCUAUGAGAAGUCGACCGAACUGUAUUCUCGCCAGUUUCCUGAAAAUUCUGUGAUAAGAGCUGCUGUGCAGAGCAAUGUUGGUGUUGUGCAUUUCAAGAUGGGAGAAUAUUCUAAAGCCCUCGAAAUCUAUGAAAAUAUUUCACAAGUUUACUGUGACAAUUUACCCGCGAAUGAUCCUGCAUGUGCUACAUUAUAUAAUAAUAUGGGCUCACUGUACGAAGCUAUGCAGAUAAAUGCAAAAGCUCUGGAAAUGUAUCACAAAUCACUGGAUGUUAAAAAGCAAAUUUCAUCUCCGAAUCACCCCGGUCUAACAGUAAUUUAUCGAAACAUUGCUAGUGUUCAUGACAACUUAUGUGAAUUUUCAAAAGCGUUAGAAUUCUAUGAGAAGACGCUGGAAAUUCAGAAAAAAUCCCUGCCACCAAAGCAUUUUGAACUCGCUAAAACUUAUAAUAAUAUUGCUACACUUUAUGACAAAAUAGGAAACUAUACACAAGCACGGGAUUAUUAUGAAAUGAGUCUAGAUAUUUUUCUUGAAACACAUUCCGAACACCAUCCGAGUUUGGCAAAUGUCUACCGCAACAUGGCAGUGGUUUAUGAUCAAACAGGUGACUAUUCAAAAGCGUUGAACUUCUUUGAAAAGGCGUUGGAAAUUUUCGAAAAAUCACUCCCUCAAGAUCAUCCAAAUUUUGCGCACACGUACAAUAACAUGGGCUCGGCCUAUGACAACAUCGGCGAGUAUACGAAAGCGUUAGAACAUUAUCAAAAAGCUUUCGAAAUUUACAAGAGAAUUCGUCCACAGAAUCAUCCAGACUUGGCCAUUAGUCUCAACAACAUUGGAUCCAUGUAUGAUAUAAUGGAUGAUUUUCCAAAAGCGUUAGAACAUUAUUGUCAAGCUCUGGAUAUUAAAGAAAAAUCUUUACCGUUGCAUCAUCCUAGUUUAGCUAUUGCAUACAGCAACAUUGGAACUAUUUAUGAAAAAACAGGUAAUUAUUCGAAAGCUUUAGAAUACUAUGAAAAAUCAUUGCAUAUCAGUGAGCAAUCGCUCCCGUCGAAUCAUCCUGAUUUAGCCGUGAUCUGUAGCAACCUUGGUCAGUUAUAUGAUCAAAUGGAAAAAUAUACAGAAUCUCUUGAUUGGUACCGAAAAUCAUUGGAGAUCUAUCAAAAAUCAACUACAUCAGAUAGAAUGAUUGAACUAGCAACGCUCUACAACAAUAUCGGUGCAGUCUAUACACACAAACAUGAGUUUGAAAAAGCCCUUGAAUAUCAUCAAAAAUCUUUUGAUAUCAAACAAAAGUUGCUCAAAGCCGAUCAUCCUAGCUUAGUUAACACGUACAACAAUAUCGCUUCAGUUUAUCAGGACAUGCAAGAAUAUGGCAAAGCAAUUGAAUUUUAUGAUAAAAGUGUCGAAAUUGGUCGAAAGAUCCUCCCUGAAAACCAUUCUGAUUUAAUGGCAACAUUGAAUAACAUGGGUUCUCUAUAUUAUGAAAUGCAGAAGUUUACGGAAGCCUUGCCUUUCUACCAAGAAGCACUAGAUAUGGCGGAAAAGACACUACCAACAGAUCAUCCUGAUUUACAGGAACUUAAAGAAAAUGUACAAGUUCUCAAGCAAUAUCUCAAAAAAUAG